AAAAUUUAAUAAUUGACCGGUCAAUAACCAUUAAAGUGGAGGAAGUAGGACGAAAGGACAUUUAUUCGCCGCGAAAUCUGGACCGUACGAUACUCCGAUUACCCUUCUAAAGCUUUAACAUAGGGGUACAUCUGUAACUUCACAUUCCAUCUUCCCCCAAUCUCCUAUUUGUGUCUUCUUCGAGUUUAUAUAUAGAGAGAUAGAGAUUGGAGAGCGAGCGAGACAAAUCAGAAGAGAGAGAUUUAGAUAUUGUAGAGUGAGAUUCUAAAGAGAGAGAGAGAGAGAGAUAUGGCUAGUGGAAUCGCUCGUGGUCGUUUAGCUGAAGAGAGGAAAUCGUGGAGGAAGAAUCAUCCUCAUGGUUUUGUGGCAAAGCCGGAGACGGGGCAGGAUGGAACUGUGAAUCUAAUGGUGUGGCAUUGCACUAUACCUGGUAAAGCUGGGACUGAUUGGGAAGGUGGAUUCUUUCCAUUAACGAUGCACUUCAGUGAGGAUUAUCCGAGCAAACCUCCGAAAUGUAAAUUUCCACAAGGGUUUUUCCACCCUAAUGUCUAUCCAUCUGGAACUGUCUGUCUCUCUAUCCUUAACGAGGAUUAUGGAUGGAGACCAGCCAUCACCGUGAAGCAGAUUCUUGUUGGUAUUCAGGAUUUACUUGACACACCGAAUCCCGCUGACCCUGCACAGACAGAUGGUUAUCAUCUCUUCUGUCAGGAUCCAGUUGAGUACAAGAAAAGGGUGAAGCUGCAGUCCAAGCAGUAUCCUGCUCUUGUCUAAAACCUCAAAAAAGAGAACGCACCAAAACUGAUGACAAGCUCUGAAUAUUUUCUCGUCUUGUGUCAUUAUGUUUAGAUGUCAUUGGGUGAUUGAAAACUCCUCAUUUUGGCACCUUAAGACACUGGAAUCUAUUUAUUUUCGAAAAAAAACUCUUCUUUCUCUAUUUAACUGUUAAUAUUCUUGGUACUGAUUCAGUUGGUGUUGCUUCUAUAUAAUACAUAAUUAUGUUCUCUGGUCGUUCAUGAGUGUUGUCCAAAUUCUACUAAGUGAAAUAUGAAGUCUUCAUUCCAUAGAGUAACGAAUCUUAGUUGUGAAUCUAGAAAUACAUAUAUUUC